AUGUGGAAGAGAUGGCACCUCAUAUUAGAAGCAGCAGCUUGAGAAGGUAGCUUUCGGACGUGGGGUAGCAAAAGCACUUCAGUGAGACACAGUAUUGUGGAUCACUACACCGUCAAACACCCCCUCCUCCACACAAACCUGCAGUAGAGUUCGUGCCAUGGCAAGGCAUGUUACGAGAUUCCUUGUAGGGUAUAAGGGAAGGCUUCAAAUCUUGCGCGCCUAUAAAACGGCAGGCCAUCUGCCAUGGGAGCUGCAGCACAAAGAGAGAUCUCCACUCUACCUUCUGUGACUCUCGAAGCCCUUCGACAUUGCUGAGACUUGACAGAGGUCCACAUGGAAGGGAAGAUGAGUUGGUCUGUGGCGGAUGCAGUGGAUUACAAGGGAUCACCGGCAGACAGGACUAAGACUGGUGGUUGGAUACCUGCUCUGCUCAUCCUAGUGAUUGAAAUAUGCGAAAGGCUAUCCACUCUGGGGAUUGGAGUCAACCUGGUAACAUACUUGAGUGGCACCAUGAAUCUUCCAAGUGCAGAAUCUGCAAACGUCGUGUCCGACUUCAUGGGCACGUCUUUUCUUCUAUGCUUGCUUGGAGGAUUCCUCGCUGAUGCCUACUUAGGCCGAUACCUCACCGUCGCCAUCUUCUCUGCGGUCCAAGCAUUUGGAACAGGGAUGCUCACUGUGGUGACAAAAUUGCCUCAGCUCCGGCCACCACCUUGCGGUAGCUCUUCGGGUGCAAGCAAAUGCCACCGAGCAAAUGGCUUCCAGAUCGGCCUCCUGUACUUGAGCUUGUACUUGAUCGCACUGGGGACCGGCGGGCUCAAAUCGAGCGUUUCAGGCUUCGGCACCGACCAGUUCGACGAGAAGGACGAGAAGGAGAAGAGUCAGAUGGCGUACUUCUUCAACAGGUUCUUCUUCUUCAUCAGCACCGGCAGCCUGUUUGCGGUAACCGUUCUGGUCUACAUCCAAGACGAGGUGGGGCGAAGUUGGUCCUACGGCAUCUGUUGCAUCUCCAUGCUUCUUGCCGUAGUGCUGUUCUUGUCCGGCACAAGGAGAUACCGAUUCAAGAAGCGCUCGGGGAGCCCCAUCGUUCACAUUCUCCAAGUGGUCGUUGCUGCCUUCAGGAAGAGGCAGCUCAAGCACCCUGCAAACCCUUCCUUCUUGUUCGAAGACUUCCCUGAGGCCUCCAGAAUCCAACACACAGAUAAAUUCCGUUUCCUCGACAAGGCUGCGAUCGGCGAGGAAUUCCAUGGCGAGACCUCAACUAUGAACCCUUGGAGACUAUGCUCGGUAACAAGAGUUGAGGAGGUGAAGAUGAUGAUCCAGCUGCUACCCGUAUGGGCCACGACGAUCAUGUUCUGGACCAUAUAUGCUCAGAUGAUGACAUUUUCUGUAGAACAAGCGACGACCAUGGACAGAUCCGUCGGUAGCUUCGGGAUUCCAGCAGGGUCACUGAACGUCUUCUUCGUCAGUGCCAUCUUGAUCACCCUAGCGAUCUAUGACAGAGUCAUCAUGCCUGCCAUGAAGAAAUGGAAGGGCAAACAAGGCUUCACCAACCUGCAAAGGAUCGGUCUCGGGCUAACCUUAUCCAUCAUGGCCAUGGCGUCGGCGGCGCUCACGGAGGUGAAGAGGCUCUCGGUGGCUCGGGAAGCAGGCAAGGCUGCUGCUCCCAGAGGCGCGGCGCUGCCCAUCAGCGUCUUCACGUUGGUACCGCAGUUCUUUCUCGUGGGCUCGGGGGAGGCGUUGAUAUACACCGGGCAGCUCGAUUUCUUCAUCACACGGUCGCCGAAGGGGAUGAAGACGAUGAGCACCGGCCUCUUCCUGACCACGCUGUCACUCGGCUUCUUCCUUAGCAGCUUCAUCGUCUCCAUCGUGAAGAGUGUGACGGGCGGCGAGAGCGGGCAGGGAUGGCUGGCUGACAACAUCAACCAUGGCAGGCUGGAUUACUUCUAUGGCCUUCUGGCCGCACUAAGCGCUCUAAACUUGGCAGCUUUUCUUUACUGCGCGACAUGGAUCAAACCAGAGAACGCUGGAGAUGGGUUGGAGAUGGCAAGUGCAGCCAAGAAUUCACCUGCAGAAGACAAGUGCUAAGAUAUUGCUGCUAGUUCCUUGCACUAUUGGGAGCUUUUCUGUCUUCUUCUACAUUGAGCAAAGCAGAUUGGAAAUGAAGUGAAGAAUCUAAAGAAUGGAAAUGUGCUCAAACCAAGGCAGGUUUUAUUGCUGACAGAAUGCAUGCUACUUCAUGUGAUGCUUGA